UUACUAUUAUAUUAAUAGAGUAUACUGUAGUAUAUAUUGUUUCUAUAAGAAAAUCAAAGACAUUAGUUUGAAAGGAUAUAUCACUUUGUUGAGUAUAGUUGUAUAACACCUGGCUUGAAAAAAUGGGGAUCUUUAGUGCUUCUACAACUAUAUUUGACCAGCAGCUCGACAAGGCAACUGAUGAAUGUAAUACAGAAGAAGAUUGGGGUUUAAUAAUGACAAUAUGUGAUAAAGUUAAAACUACCACGGAUGGGUCCAAAGAGUUCUGCAAAGCAAUAUUGAAGAAAAUCACACACAAAGUUCCCCAUGUUGCACUACAAGCACUUACCAUUAUGGAUUCAGCAGUGAAUAAUUGUGGAAUUGAAUUCAAAAAAGAAAUAGCAUCACAGGAAUUUAUUAGUAAAAUGCGUGACAUCAUGGCUAAUCCUCCACAUCCUAAAGUUGGUGCUCAUUUAAAGAUGUUAAUAAGACAAUGGGCUGAAGAUUUCAAGGAUGAUCCUCAGCUGAGCCGCUUGACAUCUUUCUACCAUUUCAUGAGAAGUGAAGGUACAGAAUUUCCUACACCAGAAGAAUUAAAUCCAAAGAAAAAAGCUGCUCCAGUCAGCAAAGAUCCCAAUGUUGUAUCAAGUCAGCAAGAAGCAGAUGACAUUGCGAAAGCGAUUGAAAUGUCGUUGAAAGAAGACAAUCAGAAAAAAAACUUGUCAAGCAGUUUAACAAUGACUAGUUCAAGUACCGCCGCAUCAUCAAGUUUAUAUCCGACUAUGCUCGGAGGAUCUUCAUCCACAUCAACUCAACAAUCUACAUCUUAUACGUCGGGUCACAUGAGUGGAGUCAGUAAGAAGACAGUGAAAGCAAUAUAUGAUUUUGAAGCAGCAGAAGACAAUGAAUUAACCUUUAAAGCUGGUGAUUUAAUCAGUAUAUUGGAUGAUAGUGAUGCUAACUGGUGGAAAGGAGAAGGUGCAAAUGGUCAAGGACUUUUUCCUGCUAACUUCGUUACAUCUGAUCUAACAGUUGAACCAGAACCUGAAUUUGGAGUUGGGAAAGCAGAUGAAGAAGAGGAAGAAAGAACGGUUUCAUUCAAUGAAGAAGUUGAAGUGAAAGAAGUUGAUUUAUCAGAACCUGUAUUGGAAAUUGAUGAGAGCUUGAUGGACAAAACGCUCGUAGAUCUGCAAAAUACAGAUCCAGAGAGCGGAAUUCAAGAUACUAAUGAAUUAUUACAAAACGAAGAUUCAUGUACGCAAAUGGGACCAUUAAUUGAUCAGAAACUUGAAGAAAUAGAUAGAAAGCAUUUAGAAUACACUCAACUCAAUGAAAAAAUACUCGAAGCAUUGAAUAUGUAUGACAAACUGAUGAAUGAAAUGCCGGCAUACAAUCCAAUUCAUGCGGCAUAUAUGAAAAAUCCAGCAGCAGGUAUGUCUACCAUGAAUCCAUAUGGUCAACAGAUGGUGUCAGCGCAACAGGUUCCAUCUUUUCCUCCUCAGGUUAAUCCAGCCAUGUAUGGCCAACCACAACAUCACAUGCGACAGGCUGAAACGGCAUCAAGUAGUUCGAAUCCUCAAUUAGCAGGAGCCGCUAAUUAUCAGAUGUAUCAACAAGCACUGCCUGCUCAAGCUGCACCUACGACAACUUCAUAUGCCGCUCAUAAUGGUAUGACACCACAGGGGAUAAGCCAUUCUAUUCAUGCACCUAACAAUCAACCAUCACCACAAGGAAACUUUCCACAACAAGUAUACAGCGAUACAGCAGUGAGUAGUACAAUGCAUACAAAUCAAAUGUCAUAUUCUAACCAGACAACAUUGCCGCAAAAUCAUCAACAACAAUAUAACAUGACUACAAGCUAUUCUUCUCAACCAAAUCAUGGACAACAAUAUUCAACGACAGCAGUUCCAUCAAUGCAACCAAUGAUGUGACAUGGGAACAAGAUCAAAAUGCUGCUGUCAGUCUUUGGUAAACAACUUGCUUUGAAGAAUAUAUACAUUGUUUCAACAUUCUUGCAGUGCAAUUCAGCCGGUUAUUAGCCCAGAAUGAAAUCGUCUAAUCUACAAUUUCAGAAUUUGACUGAAACUUUUUUGAAUGGAAAAAUGAAUUAUUCAAUCUCAUAUCACAUCACCACUGCAAAGUUGAAGUUGACUUCAGUUGCCAGUAAAAUUAUUUCUCCAUGUUAGUGCUACGUUAUAAAUUUAUAUAAUAACGCAUAUAUACUAAGUAUUUCGGUCCUGAUGUAUGUGCAAAUUUCUUUUUAUAUAAUGUUUUUCUUUUGUUAUUUGUCUUUAUAGUCAUCUUUUUCAUGGAUUUUGUGCAUGGUGGAUAUCGACUUGAUAUAUAUGUAUUUUGCUAAGGGUAAAUAGCUAAGAUAAGUUGCUCUGGGAUUUUGAAGCCUGGAUCUACAUCAGUGGUUCUCAAACUUUUGAAGCCCUUUUUAGAAUUUGUCAAGUCUCGCGCCCCACCUCAAAAAAUAACUAACAAUAAGCUCAUAUGACAAAGAGUUGGACAUAAGUAUGUUUUACUCAAAAAACACGUUAAAAAUAUUUGGAUGGAAUGUGAAUAAUAAAAUAGAUGGAAAGUUUUAAAAACAAAUAGGCGGGAAAUAUCAAAUCUAACAAAUAUUUUUAUUUUCAAUUAUCCUUACGCCCCUCAAAAAAUUGUUUAUGCCCCCUAUGUGGGGCGCGCCUCUUCGUUUGAGUACCACUGCUCCAAAUGGAUUGAGAAAUUUGACCAGUAGCAUAGUGAUUAUACAUAAAAUUAUUAGAAUAAUAUGGCAAUGUCUUUAACUAUAAAUUUAUAGGUAAGACUCAUGCAUGUAUCUUUAUUUUGUUGUUAUGAUGACUAGCAGUAUUGGUAUUAUUGUUUAGAAAUAUUCAUUGUGAAAGAUUCUAGUCUCAACUAGAUCAACUGCUUGCCUAGCAGAGGCCAUCUAUACAAAGUGAAUUAUGUACAAAACGUAAAAAAAAUUAUUUUCCAGUUUUUGAAAGUCUGUUCAUGCUUUAGUUAAUUUAUCCGAUUGGGCUACAUUUCUCAGCCUACUGCAGAAUUUUUUUUUUCUUGAGUGACUGUGAUACUUAUAUGAAGCACAAUCAAAAUGUGAAUUAUGAUUUGUCACUGGGGUUCACUUCUCUUAACUUAGUAUCUUAAGUAUCUUAUCUUUAGCACAUGGAAAAUUAUCUUGAAUGUUGACUUCUUUUCAUUCGCAAGUGUAUAAUAUUUCAGGCAUACCAAAUUCAUGUCAUUAAAGAUUUUCUUAUAUUAUUAUUGUACUUUACUAUUUCGAUGUUGUUGUGAUUAUAAUAUUAUUCUAAUGUAUGUAUUGUAUAUUUUUCCGCGAAAAAAGUGGAUGGCCAAUCAAG